AUGUCUGCUACGGCGCCGAGCGAGGAGCCCAUGAAAGAGGCCCCGCCUGUCCAGCCAGAGGCUGUGCAGGACGCUACUGACCUGUUCGGUGGCCUUAAGAAAAAGAGCAAAAAGAAGAAAAUUCCGGUCGACUUCGAUCUUGGCGAAACCAAGCCUACCAAGCCAACAGAGGAGGAGCCCACACCGGAACCCGCACAGGAAUCGAUUGAGGAGCCCGCAUCUGAAAAGGCUGGUACAGAGGAUGCACCGCUCGAUUUUGGUGACCUGAAGAAGAAGAAAAAGAAGAAGAAAGCCACGUUCGACCUUGAGGAAUUCGAAAAGGAACUUGGAGAGACACAGAAGGACUCUUCUGAUGCCGUUGACGGUGAUGAUCCGUUUGCGCCCGAGUCGAAGGACAACAACGCGGACAAGGCCGGCGAUGUGGAAGCGUGGCAAGGCACGGACCGCGACUACACGUACCAGGAGCUGCUGGGCCGUAUAUUCCGGACACUGCGCCAGCAGAACCCUGCUCUUUCGGGAGAGAAAAAGAAAUACACGAUGGUGCCACCUGUCGUGCAGCGUGAUGGCUCGAAGAAGACAGUCUUUGCGAACAUUGUGGAGAUCUGCAAGCGUAUGCAUCGUCAGCCCGACCAUGUGAUACAGUACCUCUUCACGGAGCUUGGUACGACGGGCUCGGUGGAUGGGAGCCAGCGGCUUGUGAUUCGUGGUCGCUUCCAGCCGAAGCAGAUUGAGAAUGUGCUGCGGCGGUAUAUUGUGGAAUACGUCACCUGCAAGACGUGCCGCUCACCAAACACGCUACUGACGAAAGAGAAUCGUAUCUACUUCAUGACCUGUGAGGCAUGUGGCUCUCAGCGCUCUGUGUCUGCGAUCAAGACUGGUUUCCAGGCUCAGACAGGCAAGCGCAGCAAGAUGCGCGAGCAGUAA